CUGCAUUUGCAUUGACCUCUAAAUCUUUGAAACUCGAAUUAAAUCGUGCAGUAAUAAUCGUAGUAAAAAAUGGUUCUAUCCAUGGAAAGAUGGAUCGGGAAGGUAGCUGUAGUGACCGGUGCCAGUUCUGGAAUAGGAGCAGCCAUUGCUAAGCAACUAGUUGAAAAUGGUCUUUUGGUGGUAGGAGUUGCCAGAAGGGUAGAGAGAAUCGAAGAUUUAGCCAAAACGCUGGGCGAUAAGAAAGGGAAAUUGUUGGCUUACAAAGCAGACCUGUCCAAUCGAGAAGAAAUUAAGCUACUCUUCGAUUGGACCAGCGAUAAUGCUGGACCGGUUGCAAUUUUGAUCAACAAUGCUGGAAUUCACACAAGAACGACUAUAGUCGAUGGAGAUGUAGAGGCAUGGAAGAAAACCAUUGAUGUGAAUUUAAUGGCAACAUGCGUGGCUUCCAGAGAAGCGAUUAGCGUAAUGAGAAAAAAUAACAUCGAUGGUCACGUUAUCAAUAUAAACAGCAUUUUAGGCCAUGGGAUUUGGAAUUCUCCGAAUAUGGAUAUUUAUCCAGCAACGAAAUAUGCUGUGACAGCUUUUACGGAAACUCUACGGUUCGAAUUGGUUAAUCUGAAAUCGAAAAUAAAAGUUUCGAGUGUUAGCCCAGGUGUGGUGGAUACGGAGAUUUUCGAGAAUAUGGACAGAAGUGAAUUCGAGAAUAUAAAGAAACGCAUGCUGAACCCGGAGGAUAUUGCUGAUGGAGUUGUUUAUGCGCUUUCCACUCCACCUCACGUUCUAGUAAAAGAAGUAAUAAUCAAGCCUGUUGGUGAACCAUAUUAAAUAAACCCUGGAAUUUAAUCAAUUAUUUACAUACAAUAAUCCGCCUUUGUGUUUUUUUUAACCUAUCAAAUAAAAUUAUAAAUUAUUUAAAAAAAUAUAUCUACAUAUUUAGUUGU